GUUGUUCACUUCAAAAGAAUCGGAGCAAAGAUGGACUCCUAAGAAAUUUUUAUACACAGCAGUCACUCGACUUUGGAUUUUCUUCGUUAAAUUUCCUUGAAACGUUCGAGAUUAUUCUUAUAUGACCAAGCCUACCGUGUGAACGAUGAUCGUACAGGAGCCAGUGCAGGCAGCCAUAUGGCAUUGUUUAAAUCAUUAUGCUUAUCCAGAUGCAAUAUUUUUAGCAGAAAGGUUGUGCGCAGAAGUUGACACAGAAGAAACAUUAUUUCUUUUGGCAACGUGUUAUUACCGUUCGGGACAAGUUAGACAAGCGUAUGCAUUACUUUCUAAAAAAGCUCCAAGCUCUGCGCAAUGCAGAUUUCUUCUGGCCAAGUGUUGUUAUGAUCUAGAAAAAUAUGCAGAAGCAGAGGCAGCAAUAAUAGGAGGAUACUAUAAACAGUUAAAAAAUUUAGAAGAAAUCAUAACACAGUUCGGUGAACAUGCAUGUUUCUCGCUUCAGAUCAUAGCUAAGAUUUAUUAUAAAAUGAUGCGUACUGCAAAAGGAAAUGAUGCACAUAAAUUAGCUUUAAAGCUGAAUCCAUUCCUAUGGCAUUCGUUCGAAGAAUUGUGUAAUGUUGGGGAAGUUGUAGAGCCCGCUAAAGUUUUCCAACUAGACAAAUUAGAUAAUUUUGCAAUGUGCCAUGGUGGUAUAUCUGCUCCUACAUAUGCCACAGAGUCAGAUCUCAUUGUACCUGCUAACAUUUCAAGUGGUACACCUACUACAAAUGGCAUCACUGUUACACCCGCACAAAUGACAACAGCGGCGACUAUUAUGAACGGUAUAGGACCUGCUGUACGAUUAUACUCGUCCGUAGAUGAGAGCCCGCAAAAUCAACUUACGCAUUACAGUAAUUGCUCUUCGAUAUCACCAAGGGCUAAACUUCCACGGUACCGUAGCAUGUUCAAUAAUACUAUGAGUCCUCUUACUCCGACUUUUGGUAUCUUACCAUUGGAAAGCAAUACACCCGAACCAACAGUUUUGCCAUCACAUACCACGCUCACAGAAGCUAAUGACCAGAAGAGUUUAGUAAAACGUGUCAGUAGUUUAAGAGCUCAUAUGGGGCAGCUGAUAUCGAGGAAAGAAACGCCUCUACAACAAGGAAAACCAGUAUUUUCACAAUCAGGAAAUACAAGUAAUAGCGCAAAUAUUGUUACAGUAACGCCUGCUACACCAACACCGCCACCACCAACGUUACAAGGUACCAAUGUUAGGCGUUCAUCAAGGCUGUUUAAUCACAGCUAUUCAGUCAAGGAAAACAAUAAAUCUCCUAAUAGAAACAAAUUUGCUACACCUAAAUCGCCGUCUCGGAAAACGAAAGCGAGGAUUUCUAAAAGUAAUUUAAAUAAAGCAAAUUUUAAUGAACUAAACGAAAGAAACCGAAAUGAGAAGGAGAAAUCUGAAACUAUUACAUCAGAAAAGGCAGUAGCUAACGUGAAUGCAUUGAACAAUCAAAGUAAUACUAAUUUCUGUCCUGUAACACUGCAGAAACAAUGUGCUGAGGGUUUAAUGUCAUUGCUCCGCGAAUUAGGAAUGGCAUAUCAAUGCUUAAGUCAAUAUAAGUGUGCUCAAGCUAUCGAAAUAUUAAGUAUUCUUCCAGCACAACAUUAUAACACAGGAUGGGUACUAUCGAUGAUAGCUCGUGCACACUUUGAGAUGAUCGAUUAUAAAAAGGCGGCUAGUUAUUUCGCAGAUGUGAGACAAUUAGAACCCCAAAGGACUGAACUUAUGGAAAUUUAUAGUACAGUUUUGUGGCAUUUACACGCUGAAGUGCAGCUCUCGACUCUUGCACAAGAACUCGUCUCCGAAGAUCGUAAUUGCCCGGCCGCAUGGUGUGCUACCGGAAAUUUAUUUUCUGCACAGACGGAACAUGAAACGGCAAUCAAGUUCUUUCAAAGAGCUAUUCAGGUUGAUCCGAAUUUUCCUUAUGCCUAUACACUUCUUGGUCACGAAUAUGUAAUGACAGAAGAAUUGGAAAAGGCUAUUACUGCAUUUCGUAGCGCCAUCAGACUUGACUCUCGGCAUUAUAACGCAUGGUUCGGGUUAGGAACAAUAUUUUCUAAACAAGAGCAGUACAGUCUGGCCGAACUGCAUUUUAAACGUGCUUUACAAAUUAAUCCGCAGAACUCUGCAAUAAUGUGCCACAUCGGUGUUGUGCAGCAUUCAAUGAAGAAAACUGAUCAAGCUUUAAAGACUUUGAAUACUGCGAUCGCGAACGAUCCCGACAAUACUUUAUGCAAGUUUCAUCGUGCGAGCAUUAAUUUCUCAAUUGGCCGACACGCGGAAGCACUUAGUGAAUUUGAGGAGUUGAAAAAUAUUGUACCCAAAGAAUCCCUAGUCUAUUAUUCGAUAGGAAAAGUGUAUACAAAGUUGGGUAAUACGCAUCUUGCGUUAAUGUACUUUAGUUGGGCAUCGGAUCUAGAUCCAAAGGGUAUCAACAGUCAAAUCAAAGAAGCUAUACGGAAUCCAGGUCAAGGAGAUGAAGAACCUACGGCAACACAGUCAGACGAACAGCAAGCGCAGAAUAACUCCAUGGAGCAGGAGAUUGAAAAUAACAGAGAAGGAAGUACCACGGGAUUGGCAGGGAACGUUCCGGUCGAAGCCCACGCCGAUGACAGCGACGAUAGUUUAUGAAGAUAUCCUGUCGCGUGCAAGAUUACCACAGAAUGAAGCGUUGUCGCGCAUGUCAUUAUUUAUCUUUUCUAUUGAUCGGGCCUGAUCAAUUCAACUUCUCGGAAACAGAGACAUAGCUCAUACUUCCUUCGCGCGCACUCCAUUGAUUUCACCUGAGCAGUGCUUCGUUGUCAAACUUUCAAUAUUUAUAAUAUUUUUUUCUUAGUCCCGUAGUACCGCGUCCCCAUUUGAUAAACUAAAAAGCAAAGAACGCAGACACACACUGUCUUUCCAUGUUCUGGAUUGUGACAUUUGUAAUUUUCUUUUUUCGUAUCUGCUUCAAAUCAAGACGGAGAAAUGUUUCAAAUAAUCGAUAAACUCUGGAUAAAGAGUAUGUGCGCAAAUGUGUGAAAGACGGGGGGGGGGAGAGAGAGAGAGAGAGAGAGAGAGAGAGAGAACCGAGGAGCAGAGAAAGGAAGCAGCGAGAGAGAAAGAAAUUCUGCAAUAUCUCUAUAUUAUCGAUUUGUAUAUUACGCGUUUUGCUCUGUAUAUUUUUUACGAUUACUCAUCUUAUUUUUUUAUAGAUGCAUAGAGUAUGUUGGAGCGUUUAAUCAGUUUUCGUUUAAGAAUUUACGGCUGAGUACAGACUGUAUUGCGUUUGAAGGACAGGCGAGUGUACGCGUGAGCAUGCCGUAUGUAGAUAGGGAAUAUAAUUAAUUGAGUAAAUAAGUACGUGGAAGUGUAUAUGUAAAUUAUUAAUUACUGUAUUAUCAAUAUUAUUAUUAUUAUUAUUAAUUAUUAUUAUUAUCAUUAGUGCUCUGUCAGUACUAUUUAUCCAUAUAAUUACCGUUGUUCAUUUACUGACACACAGGAAUAUUUCUUCAUUUUAGUUUCUGCCCUAUCUUUUUGUUUUUUUAUUACGGCUACCUUCGUGGCUAUAUACUGGACGAUCGUGCAAUUCUCGUCGCGGGGCAUGUUCAUCGGAAGUGGAACCUCCAAGAGAGACCAAGACCGUCCGAUGAUCAUCCCGAUAGGGACGCGUCGAAACAACCUCGUACUACGCGCGAAUGUUCGUUUACCGGAUACCUCGAAAGUCUAUAGCAUAUAUUUAUCGAUGGAGGUCCAUCCGUGUUGUUCGAAAUAAAAUGCAUUCUAUGAUUACGAAAUGACCAAGCAAAACAGUUUCGUUCUAGCGUGCCUUAAACAUCCAACUGCUUCCUGCUGUCAUAACGGCGAUCUCGAUUGUGUUGAAACUACGAAAACAAAAAAAACAAAAAAAAAACAACGUGUGUAUUUAAAACUAUUGUCACGGAUCGACGAUCGCGACACGGCAUCUCUUUUUAAGAAUGUCUUUAUCGUCCGGGACAACCGUUCCUCGGUCCGGUAUUAAAUUUAUGUUCUAGACUUUGCGAGCGGAUUUAUUUCAAUUGUACGCAGAACGAUGCACGGAUCAAUGGGUGUGUACUUUUACGUUCCCCCACCGAAACGCGUAGACGAGCGAACGAUCUCUUGCCGUUCUGUGCCUAUACAAAUGAUUCUGUACGAUGAACGGCACGAUUGUUCGAUCGUGCGUCGUCCUAUUCGAUGACGAUAAUAUGAUUUUUACGUGUAUGUUGCAUGAUCAAUCUUGAUUGCUCGAUGAUAAAAAAAAAUGGUAGUAAAGAUUUUUGUAUUUGUGUGAAUAUUCAAUGGAAAUGAGAGAGACCGGACGUGUUUGAUACGCAUAGAGACGAAUUGUCGGCGAAGGACGUGCAUUGUAUGUGUAUACAAUAUACAUAUAUACG